CAGGAUCGCGCUAUAAUCGUCGGGACAUCCGAGGACGGGCUCCACGAGGACGAGACGACGACCGGCGGAUAUCGCGAUUAUCGGAUACGCAGGACCUCACUCGGCGUGGCUCUCCGGCGGAACCGUUCUAUAUAGAACGGCGGAAGCGAUAUAGCAGUAUAGCGGAAUAUAGCGCCCAGCGGGCGGGACAUCGACUGGCCGUUCGAUUCCCGAAGGGGACGCCAUUUAUUUUGGCGGGCACGUGUACUUAUUUUAUCGCGGCCCGGCGCGAGCGAGCUCGUUUUUUUUUUUGAGGGAUUCCCGACACCUUGCGCUACUUAUGAACGGCAUUACAUCAGAAAUGGAAUCCAUGGACAUAGCAGCGGAGCCUACUACUAUGAAUAAGAAUGUUAACGUACCAUCCUGCAGAGAAUCCGUGUCCGUUGACGAUAUGACCUCGAGAGACUACUACUUUGAUUCCUACGCUCACUAUGGGAUACACGAGGAAAUGCUGAAGGACGAAGUACGGACCGUGACUUAUCGUAACUCCAUGUAUCAUAACAAGCAUCUCUUCAAGGGGAAAACGGUCCUCGAUAUCGGCUGUGGCACGGGUAUCCUCUCCAUGUUCGCGGCUAAAGCCGGCGCAGCCAAGGUCAUCGGUAUCGAAUGCUCCAAUAUCGUUGAAUACGCGAAGAAGAUAGUGGAGGCGAACAACCUGUCCAACGUCAUAACGAUACUUAAGGGGAAGGUCGAGGAGGUCUCAUUACCCGACGGUAUAGAGAAGGUCGACAUAAUAAUAUCCGAAUGGAUGGGCUACUGUCUGUUUUACGAGUCGAUGUUGGACACAGUGCUCUUCGCGAGAGACAAGUGGCUCCGCGAGGACGGUAUGCUCUUCCCCGAUAAAGCUACUCUGUUCAUCUGCGGGAUCGAGGAUAGACAAUACAAGGACGAGAAGAUCAAUUGGUGGGACGACGUGUAUGGAUUCGACAUGAGCAGCAUAAGGAAGGUGGCCAUCAGCGAACCGCUCGUGGAUGUCGUCGAUCCGAAGCAGGUCGUCACAAAUGCAUGCCUAAUUAAAGAAGUUGAUCUUUACACAGUGACGAAGGCCGAUCUCGAGUUCUCGUCGCCGUUCACUCUUCAAGUCCGGAGAAACGAUUAUGUCCAAGCCCUAGUUACGUUCUUCAACAUCGAAUUCACCAAGUGCCACAAACGUAUUGGCUUCAGUACCGCACCGGAAGUGCCAUACACGCAUUGGAAGCAGACCGUUUUUUAUUUCGACGAGUACAUGACGGUGAAGAAGGGGGAGGAGAUAUACGGCGUAUUCUCAAUGAGGCCCAACGCCAGGAAUUACAGAGAUCUGGAUUUCAGCAUCGAGUUGGACUUUAAAGGGGAGUUGUGCCAAGUACACGAGACUAACAACUACCGUAUGCGCUGAUACACAGUGGAUUGCGCGCCUCUUUCCACUUUUUUUUUGUAACUCAUAAGAAAAAGUCAUUUAAUCAAGCCUGAAGUCGGAUUUCCUACAGUAUCGAACACUAUAAAAUGACGCGUUUAGACAGCAUGUAUUGUCGAUGGUUUGUGAGCUGUCCAAAUAUUAGAUCUUUGAUUUUAAAAAGCGUGGAAAGCUUUCCGAUUAGACGUUUAAUAUAACGACUUUUAUAGAUAUUUUCUUCUGUAAACGUGCAAAUAUCUCUGAGUAAUUAUAUUUAUAUAAUACUAAAUUCAAACGAAUUACAGAGCAUUGUAAUAAAAAUAAAAAAACGCGAAUUUUCGCGCACAACUAAAAGCAAAUUUGUCUACCAAUCUGUAAAAACAAAAAGUCUGAAUGUUAAACAUGAAUGUUUUGGCGAUAUCAUAAUAUUAAAAAAAGGAACUACUUGUAGUUGAUAUCUCUCUCUGAUGUACAAUAAAAUAUAUAAUUGUGCGCCAAAA